UUUUUUUAACAAAAAAAAAAAAAAAAAAAGAGUACCAAAAUUUUCAACAUUAAAAAUUAUUAUGUAAAUAAAAUUACAUAACUUUAUAACGUGGGUUUAUAAAAUAAAAAAUAAUUUUGAUUUGUUUAUAGUGUAAAUAUAAAUAUUUAUAAUUUGUAUUGUUAAAUUGACAGUUGGAUUAUAUUUUGAAUUUAAAUUUUUUUUAACAAGUGUAUUUAACAGUUAUUAUUGUAUUUAAAAUACGUGUUAAUUUAUUUAAUUUUAUUAAUAAAUAAUUUUCAUUUAUUUAUAUAUUAUUAUUAAAAAACAUUACUGUGCGCAAAAUCAAACCGCCAUUUUUGGUGUUUACUCCUAACGAGGGUAUAUGUCGCGGCAGAUGCUGACGUCACGAUGUAAAUUUAAUGCAUAAAUAUCCGCAAGGGUGCAGCACAAACAAAUGUUGAAUGAGUUUUUGAUAAUUACAACAAAACACGGAUACAUUGAUGGAUUAAUUGUGUCAAUAAAAGGAUUAAGUGUGUGAUAAUGUUAACGUUUUUUUGUAUUACUCAAUAAUAUACAAACAUUAACAUAUAUUAAGUGAACUUGUGCCGAUAAUUGUACCCAAGGAUUACGCGAGUUAAUAAAUGUGAAAACUAUAAUUAAUACAAUUUACAUAUGGUGGAAUAUUAUUUAAAAUAUAUAUAUUUUUUUUAUAUUAAAUAAAUGUGAAAACUAUGUGUAAAUAAUUAACAGUGAUAUUCAUAAAUGAAUAAAAAAAAAAAUCAAGUUUCAUUAAAAGUGGUUGGUUUUUUUUAAUAAAAUAUUGAAAUUGGAUUUUUACUAAUAAUAAAAAGUAAAAAAAAAAAAAAUGGAAUUGGGAGACAGAGUUUAUGCCGCUGAACGGAUUAUGAAGAAGAGGGAAAGGCGGGGAAAAGUUGAAUACUUUGUCAAAUGGAAAGGAUGGAGUAAAAAAUACAACACAUGGGAGCCAGAAGAAAAUAUUUUGGAUGGAAGAUUAAUUGAGUUGUAUGAAGAAAGCCUGAGAGGAAGUGAUGUUGUAACAAGAAGACCAAGAAGACGAGAUACAAGAUACAAUGAACAGGUAUUGGCAAAUUUGGUAGUUGAAGAAGAACCAGGUGGUGAUGAACGUGUUGGUGAAGAUAGUCAAGAUGAAACAGGUAGUACAUCAGCAGCAAGAUUAACAUCAGUUGUUGAUGAUGAUACAUUACAAAGUUCAUUGGAUGAAAAUGAAUCACCAACACCACAAGAAUUAUCAGCAUCAGCAUUAAGUAUUGAUUCUGAUUCAUCAAAUAGUAGUGUUGAUAUACCAUUAAUACCAAGACGUGAACCAGCUGGUACUAAAAGAAAAGCUGAAGUAUUAAGUAAGUCUGGUAAAAUUGGUGUUACAAUAACAACAAGUCCAAGUAGCGGUGGUGGUAGUCCACCACCAAGUAAAUUACCAAGAUUAUUACCAAUCAAAAGAAAUUCAACAUCACCAUCUUAUCAUAAUCACAAAGUCAAUGGUAGAAGACCAUCAACGUCAUCAUCAUCAUCAUCAACAGUUAAAUCAACACCAGAUGAACCAUCACCAGUUGUACCAACAACUCCAGCACCAACAAUACAAGAUAAAAAACGUCAAGAGGCUGAUGUACCACAUGGUCCACCGCCAUCAUUACCAAGACCACCAUCAACACCACCAUCACAAUUAGAUACAUCAAUUGUUCAUACGAAUAAUAAUAAUAAAAAACAACAUGAUAAAUUGGAUAAUAAUAAAACAACAACAAUUUCAGCCACAACAACUACAACUACAUCUACAACAACAGCAACAACAACAACAAAUGGUAAUGUUACUAAUACAAAUGGACACAAAUCACCAAAUCCAACAGAUACAUACACAAAUAAUAAUAGGUUAACGCCAAUUAUAAAUGGUCAUAAUAAUAAUAACAAUAUUAAUGAUAGAAAAAAUAACAAUAGUCCAUCAAUUAUAAAACAACCAGAAUUGAUAAAAGUUGAUGCUUUUAGUCCUUUAAGUAGUCCUGGUACUGAUUAUUGGCAUGCAAGAAAUCCAGUUGCUGAUCAAGUUUUCAUUACUGAUGUUACUGUUAAUCUUAAAACAGUAACAAUCAGAGAAUGUAAGACUGAAAAAGGAUUUUUUCGUGAAAGAGAAUCUAAAAUUGCUGGUAUAUAUUAAAUAGAUAAAUAAAAAUAUAUUAAUAUAUCAUAAUAUUAAUACUAAUUAAUUAAUAACAAUGGCGUUUUUGUCACUAUUUAAAAUAUUUAAAAACCAAAAUUGCUAGUAUACAAUGAAAUUGGACAAUUAUUUUUUUUUGUUUGUAACAGCGACUGAAAUAGUGACAGAUUUUGACUGUGAAAUAUCUUAAUUGUAAAUAUAAAUUAUUUUCACACACUGAUCAAAAUUAACUUCAAUUUUUGACAACAAAUUUUUAAUUAUUUGCAUGAAUAUGUUGUCAUUUUAAACUGUUGUCAGAUAUAUUAUAAAAAUUUUUAUUUUUCAUAUUUUUUUCGUUUUUCUCAAAAUAACAUACACAAGUAUUGUUUAAUCCGUUUGUUAAUAUGAAAAGUAUCUUGAUAAUAUCCAGGUAUAUAAAUUGUUGAUGAUUUAUUUAUUUAUUUCUUAUUUUUAAUACUAAAUCAAUUGUAUUAUAUUUUAUAAAUAUAAUUUUAUUUUAUUUUCUCAAUUGAAAAGUAAAAAUAAGCAAAAAUUGUAUAUGAAUUUUACAAUCACAGCUUUGAUAAAUUAUUAAAAUAAAAUUAUAAUAAUUUUUAUUUUUAUACCUGGAUAAUAUUGACAAUAUUAUUUCAUUGUUAAUAUAACUUUUAAUUGAUUAUUUUGAAAAGAAUUAUUAUUUUAAGUUCAUAAUGAAUUUAAAAAUCAAAUUGCACAUUUAAAAAUCUCAUAAAAAAUGUUUUUAUUUUUUAAAAAGUCAAAAAAUUAUUAUUCAAUUAGUUGUAAUUUUCAAAUUAGAAAAAAAGUUGUUUAUUAAAUUAUAUAUAUAUUUUUUUCUUUUUAAAUAUAUUUAAGUGAUGAGUUAUAUAUAUUUUUUCAGUCGAUUAUUUUAAUUAAUUGUUAAAGUUUUAUGAUGCGACUGCUGCGUGUCUCAAAUUUGGUUUCCAAAUACAAAAAAAAAAAAAAAAAACUGUUAUCCGAAGCACGCCAAUAAUUUUUUUUUUUCGUUAUGUUUAACGAGUUGUAAUAAUUUUUUUACUCCAAUUUUAAUUACAUUCUUCUAAUUAUCAUUUAUAUUAACAAUAUAGGUUUUUUUUUCUAUUUUUAACAUUGUUAAUUGAGUAUUAAUUAGUCCGAUAAAUAUUGAGUCAAACAGUGCAUAUCUUGAAUGAAUAAAAAUGGUAAAAAUACAACGACCAAAUUGUUAAGAAAUACCAAGUACUAAUUGUCAACUCUAUUUAUAUAUUAAAAAAAAAAAAACGUAAAAAUUUUCAAUAUAAAUACUUUUUUUUCUUUUGAUACAUAAAUUAGACAAAAAAAAAAAAAAAAACCCUAGUUAAAAUGAUAUAAAAACAAAAAAGAAACAAAAAUUUACACUCAGUGUAAGACACGGUGUACAUUCAGAACCAGUAAAUCCGUGAUAUAGUUGAAUAUAAACGUAGUGUAAAAAAAAAGUUAAUAACUAAAUAAAUUAACAAAGGGAUGAGAUAAAAUAAUAUGAUCAAAAAUUAAAAACAAGAAUAUAUGCAUCUUAUUUAUUAUUAUUAUAAUAAAUAUUGUACACUUUUUAGGUUUUUUUUGUAUAAUAUGGAUAGUAUUAAUGUUUAUUAUUCCGAGUAAAUGUUAUUAAUUUUAAAAAUGAAAAAAAAAAUCAUAUAAAACCAGUAAACUAAAAAAUGGUAGAAAACAAAAUAAGGGUACAUUAAAAAAAAACUUUGAUUUAUUCUUUUUAAGAAUCAAUGUUUUAUUUUAAGGUUCGUAAUGCAAAUUAAUAACAUUAACAAAAAAUAAAAUAAGUCUAUUCGAACGAACCAAAGAUCAUAUUUUUGAAUAUCGCUGUUUAGUUAUAAACAAUUUAGAUUCAAAUCUUUAUGUUUAUCUGAAAAAUGAAUAAAACAAAACAUCAAUUUUUAACUAUAAAAAAUAUGGAAUUUAAUUUUCAAUUAAUAGUUAUUUUAUUUAUUGAAAAUUAUUUUUUCAAAUAAACAAAAUAAUAAGACAAAAUUAUUUUUGUUGUAAAUUUUAAAUCUAAAUAAAAACAAAGUAAAAUAUAAUCAAUUUUUAAAUAUAAAAAAAAAUAAUAAUUUAAUCUGCCCUUGAAAAAUUCAGAUUUAUAAAUUAAAUAACGAUUUUUCGUUGUAAUGUAUAAUUGUACAUUGAAAAUAAUUCCCAUUGUAAAAAAUGUAAAUACUACUAAAAUAAAUUUUCCUAAGUCUUUUGACAAAAAAAAAAAAAAAAAAACAAAAAAAUUGAAAGAAAAAUACUAAAUAUACUGUACUGGGUCGAUGAAUUUGUUUACUAUUAUAAUUUUUUAAUUGUUAUGCUUUUUUUUUUUUUUUUUAUUGAUAAAAAACAACAAUUGUAAAUAUAGUUUUUAAUUUAAAAAACAAAACAAGAAUUAUUUCUCAUUUAAAAUGUGAAAAAAUUGAAGAAAAACAAAAAAUUAAAAAUAAUAAUACGUGUAGGUAAUUCGUUAGAUAUAAUUACAACAAUUUUGUUUUUUUUUUUUCUUCAUUUCGAGAAUAGACUGUACGCGUACCUUCAAUUAUUGUUUGUUUUUCUGUACUUAUAUAUUAUGUUUCAUUGUCAUAGUUGAAUAAAAAAAAAAUGACCAUGAAAAACAAACAAGUGUGACAAUUGAAAUUAAUGCAAUGACUAAAAAGUUGCAUUGAUAAAUCGACAUAUAUAUAAAAGUUAUGUAAAGAAUUCCGGU